AAGAGCGAGCGGCAUGAUGCAAAAGGCGGGCACCCGCAAGUCUCUUCCUCUUCCAUCAUCCCCCAUGCCAUGUCUCGCCGACCUCACAUAAUCUCGCCUCUCUCAUCCUUCCAGCCCACGUUGCACCGACUCCACGACUGAACCACAUACAAUUGCUCAACCCACCUGGCUCCCACGCCCAACGUCUCGCGAGACACGACGUCCCUUCUGAGCCUUCUCCACGCUCCUGUCCGCCAUUUUGUUCCCCUUGGCCGACGGGUUGCAUUGCCUGCGCCUGUCACAAAGACGCCCUAUACUCUGCCACGUCUGAUCUUCGCCGCCGCUAGUGAAGCUUUCCAACAACCCUGCCUGGCUUCUCCGCGUCGUGCUCGACAGAGGCAGCUUCCAGGCCCGGCUCGCCGCCUGUGUCACCAUCGAGCACACUCCACGACCCCUUUUGUCUUGUCAUCGAGAUAUCUCAACCCGAAUUGGCCUGGUGGAAACCACGGGGUUCCUCUUGAUCCGGAUCACGGCAAGCACGACGGCACUGCCAAAAGAGCCUUUUCUCAACCCAAGUGGGUGAGCGAGCGAGGCUGGCUCCUGGCGGCGCCUGUCCGCCUCCACAACACGAACCCCGUCCGAUAACCUCAGGAACCACUUGGAUCUUGCAUCUGCUGUCCGCCCGCCCCCGACAACAUCGUCAAACCGCCAGGCAACCCUCCUGCGACUCGGCCCUUUCGGCUGUCCCUCACCACCUCAUGGGCCCGGCACCUCCUUGGCCGGUUCACCCCUCGUCUUGACUUUUGACGCUUGUGGCCCCCGGCCUCUUGCCUUAUUCAUCCCAUCCGUUACUACUUCUCUUUUCCUGUUUCCUCACCACUCAUCUGUUCUUGGCAGGCCGGGCCUCUUCCCUCUUGACCUUGCUUCCUUCUGCGUCUUUCGCUCGCUGCUGGUUCAGAUCGUUUGCGUCCGUCCUUCUUUUUCUCAUACCUUGUAACGAAUCCGUCACUGCGCUUGCGACGGCACCCUGUCGAGCGAGCGACUGGAUGAAAAGACUGUGAGCUCGAUAAAUCUAUCGCUCAAGGAAAGAGGAGGAGGAUUGUCGUCUGCUCAGCGGCCAUCGAGCCACGCCGCCCGGAGGCGCCACGGACUCGCGCUCGCUUCUAUACCAACCUCACGCACCCAGCCGUCGCCGGUCGACAGAAUCUCCGUGCCAGGGUCCCAACUAGGGAAAAGAGAGCCAAGAUGGUCGGGCAACUGGGCUAUGGCGAAUUAAUUCGCAAGCAGUUCAAGCCCGGUAAACUGAUGUUCCACUUCCUCUUUUGGACGUUCCACUGGGGCAUCUUUGCCUAUGGCUGGUGGGCUGCCAUCUCUUUGUAAGACACAUUGGGAGCCAUCGCUGACCUUGUCCUAGGUAUAAGCAAGCCGCCGAUGAGCGCCUCGCCGGCCUCAACACGUUGCAGUACUCAGUCUGGAUCUCGCGUGGUGCCGGACUCAUUUUAUCCGUUGACGGCAUGUUGAUCUUGCUCCCCGUCUGCCGCACCAUCAUGCGCUGGCUGCGACCCAAAGUACGCUUCUUGCCGCUCGACGAAAAUCUGUGGAUGCACAGGCAGCUGGCAUACGCGCUUCUCCUCUUCACCAUCCUCCAUGUCGGCGCACACUACGUCAACUUCUUCAACGUCGAAAAGACCCAGAUCCGUCCCGUGUCGGCCCUGCAGAUUCACUACGCCCAGCCGGGUGGCAUCACUGGCCACGUCAUGCUGCUGUGCAUGCUGUUCAUGUUCACCACGGCCCAUGCACGCAUCCGCCAGCAGUCGUUUGAGACAUUCUGGUACACGCACCAUCUCUUCAUUCCCUUCUUCCUCGCUCUCUACACGCAUACUGUCGGCUGCUUCGUGCGCGACUCGGUUGAGGCCUUUUCGCCUUUUGCAGGCGACCCCUACUGGACGCACUGUAUUGGAUAUCUGGGCUGGCGCUGGGAGCUUUGGACCGGCGGUCUGUACUUGAUUGAGCGCCUCUAUCGCGAGAUUCGUGCCCGCCGCGAGACCACCAUCACUCGUGUCAUCCGUCACCCUUACGACGUCGUCGAGCUUCAGUUCAACAAGCCCUCGUUUCGCUACAAGGCCGGCCAGUGGCUCUUCCUGCAGGUGCCUUCCAUCUCUCGCUACCAGUGGCAUCCCUUCACCAUCACCUCUUGCCCUUAUGACCCUUAUAUCUCGGUCCACGUUCGCCAAGUCGGUGACUUCACCCGGGCGCUCGGUGAUGCAACGGGUGCCGGUAGCGCACAGGCCAAGCUUUACGACGGCGUCGAUCCCAUGGGCAUGUACGAGGUUGCCCUCCAGAACGGUCAGCAGAUGCCCGCCCUCCGCGUCGAUGGGCCCUACGGUGCACCGGCUGAAGACGUCUUCGAAAACGAAAUUGCCGUGCUCAUUGGCACUGGUAUCGGCGUCACGCCCUGGGCCGCCAUUCUGAAGAAUAUCUGGCACCUCCGUAACUCGCCGAACCCCCCGACCCGCCUGCGCCGUGUCGAGUUCAUUUGGGUCUGCAAGGAUACUGGCUCUUUCGAGUGGUUUCAAACCCUGCUCUCGUCUUUGGAGGAGCAGUCCAACGAAGCGGCUCGUCUGCCCGGCUCUACGGGUGUUGAAUUCCUCAAGAUCCACACCUAUCUUACCCAGCGCCUCGACAUGGAUACCACUCAGAACAUUGUCCUCAAUAGCGUCGGCGCCGACAUGGAUCCGCUCACCGAGCUGAAGUCGCGCACGCACUUUGGCCGGCCUGACUUCCGUCGUCUGUUCACCACCAUGCGCAAUGGCAUCCUAGACAGGACGUACCUCAACGGUUUGGAGGGUAGCAUGCGCACAACCGUCGGUGUCUACUUUUGCGGACCCUCUGCUGCUGCCCGCGAUAUCAAGGCAGCGUCCAAGGCCGCCACCGUUCGGGAGGUUAAUUUUCGGUUUUGGAAAGAGCACUUCUGAGGAGCCAUCAAUCCUCUCAAUCUUUUCGAAUUUCUCAUCAUCUCCAGUACAGGUAGCUUGCCACCAUAUACAGACCAGGGCGUUAUCGCGGCUUUGUGCAAAACGGCAGGUGAUCGCAUCCCAGGCGAGCAUUAGUUUAUCAUCAUGUAGCUACCUGUCAGAACGGGUCUUUUAGGUCGCAGCGUGCUGAGGUAGAAUCAUUAAUGGCUUCAGUGUAUCAUUCA